AUGAAAAAGGACAUAGAAGAGUUUGUGGCAAAGUGUCCAGUAUGUCAGCAAGUUAAGCUGGAACACCAACGACCAUAUGGAUUUUUACAACCAUCAACACACUUCAUACCUAUCAAUAUAUCUUAUACUGCGGCAAAGUUGGCACAAGUGUAUAUUGAUAAGAUUGUUAGUUUAUACGGAGUUCCUGUGUCAAUAGUUUCAGACCGAUGUUUGGUUUUUACCUAUAGGUUUUUGGGAAGUCUACAAGAGACUUUGGGAACGCGUAUUGAGAUGGCUCCAUAUGAGGUGUUAUACACUCGAAAGUGUCGAUCUCUUAUUUGUUGGGAGGAAGUCGGAGAAAAAAAGUUAACAGGAGCGGAGAUUAUUCAAAUUACCUCAGGGAAGGUAUUACCUAUAAAAGGUGUGAUCUGGUUUGGUAAGAAAGAGAAGUUGGCUCCAAGAUAUGUGGGAUCAUACCCGAUUGUAGAACGUGUUGGAGUUAUGGCUUAUGAGUUAGACCUACCGGUAGACAUGUCGCAUGUUCACCCGGUCUUUCACAUAUCGAUGUUGCGAAAGUAUAUUCCAGAUCCUUCUCAUAUUAUUCAACCACAAGCGGUGGAAGUAAACGAGGAACUUUCUUAUGAGGAGCAACCUGUUGAGAUUGUGGAUACUCAACUAAGAAAGUUUCACACUAAAGACAUUUCAAUGGUGAAAGUAUUGUGGAGGAAUCACUUAGUAGAGGAGUGUACUUGGGAAACAGAAGCGGAUAUGCGACAGCGUGAUAAGCUUUUAUUUUACGUAGUUUUCAUACCAUUUAUUUAG